AGAAGAAGCAAACAGUCGGACUCAUUUAAGCGCUGCACUCAUCGUGGAAGACGUGCAGCGGCUAAUGGAGCACCGAUGCUAACAGAUACAUGUGAACUCUAAGCUGGAGUUAAACUCAGCUGGAGCAGUCACUGAGGGAAGACAACCCUGGAGAUCCGUGUGGUACUGGUUGUCCGUUCAUGACCCCACAGGCAGCUCUGAGACCUGCAGGGCAACAUGCUCUGUCCCCGGCUGCGACUGUGGCUCCAGCCUGUGACUCAGGUGUCGGCUGUUUCCCGGCUGAGUGCACACAAACUGGCCUCCCUGCAGAGUGCCACAAAGCUCCCCCCGAACAAACUCCAAAGCCUACUGUACCCCUUCAGUGAGCUGGAUGCAUACCUGGACAGGUCCGUGGACAGAACACAGUUCCAGCUCUUCCAUCCGAGUGUGGAGGACAUGAUUAAAGCAGAAAAGCUUUUCUGCUCUUCACCAUCACAUGCAAUUGAUUACUACAUCUCUGCAGAGAGGAUGCACCAUAUACCUGCGCUGCACCAGCCAGAGGUUUGUUUCAUCGGCAGAAGUAAUGUGGGCAAGUCGUCUCUCAUCAAAGCUCUGUUCUCCCUGACGCCUGAGGUCGAAGUCAGAGUCUCCAAAACUCCAGGUCACACAAAGAAAAUGAACUUCUUCAGAGUGGGAAAAGCUUUCACCAUCGUGGACAUGCCAGGCUAUGGGUACAGAGCACCCAAAGACUUCGUGGAUAUGGUGGAGCCAUAUCUUUACACAAGGAAAAAUCUUGUAAGGACAUUCCUGUUGGUUGAUGGCAGCGUUGGUCUUCAGAAGGCCGACUUCAUUGCCCUGGAGAUGUGUGAGGAUAUCAAACGUCCAUAUGUGAUGUUGGUGACAAAGAUUGACAAAUGUGGGCACGGGACACUGCUGACAAACCUAUUGAAUCUUCAGGAUGUGGUUAAAACGCAGACUGCAUGCUGCUUUCCACAGCCAAUUCUGGUCAGCUCCCUCCGGUUUAUAGGAAUCCACCUCCUGAGAUGCUUCAUUUGCCAUCUAACAGGCAGCAUCAAGUUAACGAACACCUCUCAGAGCUGAUCAGAGGUCAGCUUCGUCUCCAUGAGUGAGGUCUGGACUCCUUCUCUUUUAUCUCUUCACAACAGCAGAUAAUGGGAAUCCUGAAGAUUUAACAGCACUUUUAAUGUUGUGUGUGUGUGUGUGUGU